UGGGUGGAAUAUACACCAUCACCACAGUCUCUUCAAGUCACAAUAAAAGGGGUUCACUUCUCCCCCUCCAAUUCUCCUUCUCAUCUAAACAAUCAGAGCUCAACACUCAACUUGUUUAUAUUCUACUUUAGCUACUCAACUGAUAGUAGAAAUUGAAUAGCUAUGAGACCCAUCAAAGUUUUUCUUCUACUUGUCUUUUUAUAUCUCAUCUUUGUGUCAUCAGGCACUGUUGAAGGCUUGGACAAUGGCGUAAACCGCAUUUACAAAUUUCAAAAGAAUGGAGUCAGAGAAAUACCAAGAAAGUUGAUGAUGCUAGAUGCUGUGUUAGAUUAUGACUAUGCAGGACCUAAUCCGAGGCACGAACCCGGUCGAAAGAGAGGUGGCAAUCACCCUUGAACAAAACUGUUCCAGUUACCUGCAGAUGAUAAAUUGCUACUCUAGCUUAUGGAGAUUUUGAUCAAAAUAUCAGUUCUUAGGAGAACUGAUAUAGCAGAGCUUCCAAUGAAUCACUAUUCUAUUCAUAUUAUAUAUAUGUAGUAGUAAUAUCUUUGCCCUGUGGGCAUAAUAAGAAUUGCAAUAGUCCCUUGAGAUGUUGCUGAGUUUUGGCUAGUGCCUCUCUGUUAUGUAUUACUAUGUUGUUUGAAUUUCGAAAAAAGUUAAGAGUUGUGUUAUAGAGAAAUAAAGAAGGUGAUUAGAAUUA